GAGAACGCGCGGAUGGCACAUUUCCAGGUACAGUGAGUCACAAUUCGAUGGGCAGAGAGUCGAAGUGUGAGAUUUUAGUUCGAAUUCGAGAGAUAAGAUGAGGAAGGCAGCACGGAGAUGGUCGGGGUUAAGCGAGGCUGGGUGUUUUGAUAUGGAAUGAUGGUAUACAGAAGAGUAGAGAGGGAGUAUAAAUAUCUUAACAGAUCCCCAGAUUGUUCUCAUCCAUCAUCUUCAUUCUCACACCCUUCUUUCAAACUCUGGUUGAUGCUCAAACGUCUCUUAUCUAACUUCAUCAGAACCACUACCAAAUAUCCAGUUCGGAACACUUCUCACUUCUCAUCUCACCACCACCAAUCUCUCCACACCCACAACAGAAUGCCCACCCGAUCUCCAAACCCCACAACCGGAAAGCUCGCCCAAGUCUCCUCCCUCACCACCCACGCCGAAACCCACCUCCUCACCCCCUCCCCGCUCCUCUCCUCCGCCCUUACCACCUCCCUCUCCUCCGGCAUCCCACCAAUCACCAUCUCCCCACUUCAAGGGCAAUUCCUCGCGCUACAAUGCAAACUCAUAGGCGCGACCCGCAUCCUCGAAAUCGGCACCCUAGGCGGGUACUCCACACUAUGGUUCCUCUCCACGGGGGCACACGUAACAAGUAUAGAGAUCAACCCUCGACACCGCGACAUCGCGAUGAAGAAUAUAGCUGCUGCGGGGGAAGAGGUGGCGGGUAGAGCUGAGAUUAUUCUUGGUGCGGCGUUGGAUGUUAUGCCGAGGUUGAGGGAGGAGGGGAGGGGAGGGUUCGAUUUUGUGUUUUUGGAUGGGGAUUGGGGGGAGCAGGGGGAGUGUUUUGUGGAGGCGGUGGGGUUGUGUAGGAGGGGUGGGGUGGUGUAUGUGGAUAAUGUUGUGAGAGAGAUGUUUGAGGAGGGGGGUGUGGAUGGUGAUGGGGAUGGGGAAGGGGGGAGGGAGACGCUGGUUAGUAGGGUGGGGAGGAUGGAAGGGGUGAGUGCUACUUUGAUUAGUACUGUUAGUGGGUGGAAGAAGGAUCCUGAGGAGAUGGUGGAUGGGUUUUUGUUGGCUGUUGUGGAGUAAGCGGUUGUGCGUAAUGGGGACUAUGGGAUCAGGUAUUUAAAGCUUGGAAUUGAUAAAUAGGUCCCGGAUAAGAUUCAAAAUUUUGAUUGAUUUUCAACUCGAGUCACUUGAAGCACCCUUCACUGGUACCUAGUAUCUGUGGUUGAAGCUCGUGCGCCUCAACUCAGGACUGAGUCUUAUCUGCAUGCGCAAUGGAGAAAGCAUUAUCAAGUACACAAGCGAACUCACCUGUACCAGGUAUAUUUUAGGCUGAAGGUCCGGAUCCGAUUACCACACACCAACUUGCAAGUGGGCCCCAUCGACCAUGGUGGGGUCUUGAAGAUGGCUACGGACACCAUGGAAGCUUCCUGUAACUUAAUGCGAAUGUGGAGAGUCGGUUAGGACUUGUCGAAGUACAGGUUCAGAGAUCUUCGGAUACUUUCUUUGAGCCAAGAAAUAAUGUGGUUACUGCGAGAGUGAGGAGACUGGAAAGUUAUGGUGAAGGAAGCCAGUCACAAAAUGGUUUUGAGACAAGUGUUGGUGAAGGGUUUGAACCUUUCUGAGGCUAAUGUUGAGGCAAGACCAGUAGAGGCUGCAACAGUAACAUUAAUACAAACACCGCAUGUAAAAUAGCAGAACUUCACUGAGU